GGUGUUGUUUGGACGCGUGAAACAUUGUUCGAAUAUUUGUUGGACCCAAAGAAGUAUAUCCCUGGAACAAAAAUGGUAUUUGCCGGUUUGAAAAAGCCACAAGAACGUGCCGAUUUGAUUAAGUAUAUUGAAGUGGAAUCAGGCAAAUGA